AUGUCAGCACGAUCUGGUUCGCCGCCUGCUCAUGCCCGUCCAGGGCAGUCGUCUGAUGAAGAUGACCGAACAAGACGUCUUCUCCGUUGGGUUUUUGCCCGAAAGGAUAUUGAUGAGAUUCGGGGGAGCCCUGAAAGGGUCCUCGCCCUUAUUGACAAGUUCAGUGAGAAUGAACGCAUGAUGACUGUCGGUCAGGCCAAGGGAAAGGAAGUCCUAGACUUGAUCGAUGAGGUCAAACCCGGAACAAUGAUUGAGCUGGGUUGUUUCGUGGGCUACUCUGCCAUUCUCUUCGGUGAAGCAUGUCGUCGAAACGGUGGUCAACGUUACCUCAGUCUAGAAUUGAACCCUGAAUGGGCUGCUGUCGCUAAUAUGCUUGUUGAACUCGCUGGUCUGCGCAGCUUUGUCACUAUCCUGGUCGGUCGCAGUGACGUUACCCUGGACAGACUCUAUCAGACCGGUGAUGUCAAAAAGGUCGAACUGAUGUUCAUUGAUCACUACAAGCCUGCCUAUCUGACAGAUUUGAAAUUAUGUGAACACCAUGGCAUGAUCCAAGUUGGCUCUGUUUUGGCCGCUGACAAUGUCCUUUACCCGGGUAACCCCCCGUAUUUGGAAUAUGUCCGCAGCACAGUGGAGCAGAAGAGAAAGGCAGCGGAGCAAGGUCCUAUUAAGGGAUACACCACUGAAGGCAUGCGCGACCGUGCUGUGAACUCUUUUAUGCCGGAGGGUGAUGUACCUUUCCUUGAGACGGUCGGGAAUCCCAACCUUGUGUAUGAAAGUGGGCUUCGACAGCCAGAAGGACACCGGGAUGCAAUUGAGGUGACUCGAUGUGUUGGAGUACAGGACGCAUAG